AAGCUGGUAUCCAAUAGAAAACAGGAUUUUUAAGGUUGUGCAAAAUUUGAAGAAAUAUAACGUUGGCUUCUUUCCAUCGAAUGGGUUAAACUUCUAGUUCACAAUGUGGUUAUGUAAUGGAUCUUAUAUCCAAAGUCCAAAUAUUCGAAGUGAGAUACUGUUGUGAGCUAGAAGCGGUCUCGUAUUUCUACAUGUAGCAUGAAGUUCGCUUCAAUCUUUAUAGGCUAGCGAACAGUAUUUAUUUCCAGCAUGAUUCAGAAAAUUCAUAACUGGAGUGCCAGUGUUUAGCCCAUGUUUAUUUGAUUUAGGAAGUGUCUAGGAAAGGACAGGAGUUUGCACAGUGGCAUCGUGUGAUCGUGGAAAACGGCUAAUGUAAUCUUGCCAACAAAAUCAACUGGCGGGCAAAUUUCGAAUAAAAAUAGAAUGGUGACCUCGUCUUGAACGCAGUGACUUCCUAAGUCGAAUGUACAGGCACUUUCGCCCAUGCGCGCGCAUCUGCCACAGAGGGAGAGGGAGAGAGAGAGGGGAAAAACAAAAUGGCGACCUUUAGAGUAGCGGUUACUGUGGCUACCGUGCAACAAGGAGGAAGCUGUUCGCGACAGCGCAAGUUGGGUUGGGUUAGAAGCAUUCGUUGCGGUGGCCGACAACGAAGACUACAGUGGUCUUAUCAGGUGUCGUUCUACGCUCUGCGGAUAAAACGAUCGGCUGCAAAGAUAAUUUCGAUACCCGCAUAUUUGCUACAUUCAAAAAGCGGCAUUUGACUGUGUUUGUCUAAUUAGUUGAUGUGGGUGAGCAGAACAACUCAAAUAGAACUUGUGAAUUAGCGUGCCACACAGUUCAAAAUAUUCCGGUAGCUGCAGACGAAAAAAAUAAAUGGUGUCCAAGGCGCCGGUAAAUGCGAAAACAAGCUCUAAAUCAGAAAUUCAUCAAGACCCUUGACUGCGGCUCUAGAUAUAAAUUCUUAUCGAUUCAAGUAUUCUUUCAUACUGCAUGUAUUCUAUUGUUAACUACAUGAUAUAUCGAUCCUCAAAAAAUAUUUGUUCUUGGCAUAUGUGUAUAUAGGUGAGUUGAUUGCUCACUAAUUAUGCUGUCUGCAAAAUUAGUGUACCGACAAACUAUUCGCGUAGCUCUCAUCAUUAGUGGUCUAUGUAAGGUAAUCACAGUUCCCGUAAAUCUCUCAUCACAUUAAUCCUUCUUGAAUUUUACCUUCCAAAUAUAUAAAGCUUAGUUCGUAAAGUAUAUGAUUCUAUUCAAUAUAAUACCGUGCAAUCUUGCACUCAAGCCACUGCAUUUAAAUAAUUUUAAUCGGUUAUUAUGUGGGGCUCCAAUGUUACGGAAGUUAUGUCACUCGAAUAUCGAACGUUGGGCAGUAUCAGAAUGAUAAACAAGUGCAGUGUGUCACACGCGUGUGCGUUACAAAGUCACCUCACCUUAUUCUAUUUGUUUAUUCGGAAUUUUUCCUUAAAAACUAUUACAACAUCGUCUUGGGGUCUUAUUGACCCGCUUGAUCUUUCAGUUAAUUUUUGUUACUUUUUUUUACAGCUUUAACUACAGCUUUCUCGAUAUAAAUGUAGAAAUUCUCAAGUGCCCCUUGUUGGCAUGUCAUUGCCCUCGCACACGGUUCUGGACGGAUUGUAUGACAACAAUUCUGCUCUUAAAUAACGCAGUUGGGGGUCAUUUUGGUGGACGCCAAGGACUCGUGACAAUUUAUGAGGCCGUGUCGAAUAAACAAAGCAAUUAAACAGAAAUUAAAUGGAACUAUAAGUUAGGAAGCGUACUAAAUAGAAGCCGCAUCAUGUCUGAGGUAACUGAUACGAAGAAACCUACCGGGGGCCGUAGAGCAUCACCAGUAAAGGAGCUCUUUGCUGGAGGUUUUGGUGGUAUCUGCUUAGUAGCCUCCGGACACCCUCUAGACACGAUUAAGGUCCGUUUGCAGACGAUGCCCAAGCCGAUGGCCGGACAAGAACCCCUUUACAAAGGCACGUUUGAUUGUGCCAAGAAAACCAUUGCACGAGAAGGGGUUCGUGGUCUUUACAAAGGUAUGGCAGCCCCUAUCAUGGGCGUCACUCCAAUGUACGCCGUCUGCUUCUUUGGAUUUGGAAUCGGCAAGAAAUUGCAACAAAAGGACCCGAAUGAACAACUUCGGUACCACCAGCUAUUCAUGGCAGGAAUGCUAUCAGGCGUCUUCACAACAGCGAUAAUGGCUCCUGGGGAGCGCAUAAAAUGCCUUCUGCAGGUUCAGCAAAGCGGCACAAUUUAUAAGGGACCAUUGGAUUGUGUUAAACAAUUGUACCGAACAGGCGGGUUGCGGUCGAUUUAUAAAGGUACCUGUGCCACGCUUCUUCGUGAUCUGCCUGCCUCCGGUAUGUAUUUCAUGACCUAUGAAUGGCUCCAAACAGUACUAACGCCAGUGGGUGGUAGUCGAAGCGACCUUUCUAUCGGAAAGACACUGUUUGCCGGAGGUAUGGCCGGUAUCUUCAACUGGCUAGUAGCUAUUCCACCUGACGUGCUCAAAAGUCGUUUGCAAACAGCCCCUGAGGGUAAAUACAAUGGUGUCCGUGAUGUUUUAAAAGAAACGAUGCGCACUGAGGGUAUUCGAGCUUUCUACAAAGGUUGUACGCCAGUCAUGAUUCGCGCUUUUCCUGCCAACGCCGCGUGCUUUAUGGGAUUCGAGCUUGCACUCAAAGUGCUUAACAUAGUGUUCCCUGAAUAAGCAAGAUAACAAACCAAUCAACAUAAAUAAGAUACAUCUAGCAUUUUGACCACAGGGGUUUCAUAAUGCCAAAUUACUAAGGUUUCAUUUUGCAGUUAGUCGUCCAGUUUAACUGCUACACUUCAAGGAGACCAUGUUGUUGGCACGACUGAUAAAUACCUUUUCUACUUCGUAGCCUAGAAAACAUAUGUGGUGGCUUACACAAUAGACUUGUAGAGCUGAAAUUAAACGAUUCUUUCUACAAUCUAGUAGCUGUGCUCUUGACUGCGUAAGUUGAGCGGGAAAUUUGUUUAUGGGCCAAUCGGUCUCCUGAAAAAUAUACUGCCACGCAACUAAUAUCUAUGGGUAUUGUAUUUAAAGGUGGUCCUAAGCUGUGUUAAACGUAAAUGAGAUUAUUAUAGUAACUCUCGUACCUGCUGCAAAUUGUAGCUUUUUCGUAUCUUGUAUAAAAUAGGCAGUACUCCAAAAAAAAAACCGGUUCAACAUGUUCUUAUGAGUUUAUGUAUAAACAUAAUAAACUGAUAUUUCUGAUGUGCAUUGUUAUGUUUAUUAAAGUAAUUUUAGCGAAGAAAUGUUACGGAAGAUAAAGAUUAUAAGAUAAGCACAAGAAAUUCGCUCAGUACAAACAACGACAGUGUAGUGUUUUUACCACUUAUAAAUGAUUGAACAUACAUUUUUAUGAGAAAGUUUAUUAUCCCUGUAGCUGCCUGGAUAUCGAUGUAAGCAAUUUAGAUGUUUGAAUGGAACUUAUGUAAUUAAUACAAAGCAAUAUUUUGAUGAAAAUUUACUAUCUACUAUGGUUGUCUAACAGAAACAAACUAAUGUACUACUACAAUUGUUUAAUAUAUUAUAAUAAAUUAUAUACAUGUAAUUAAGGUUUGUUAUUUUAUUGUACAGAUCUAAUUGUAACUCAUCGCUACAGUAUACUACUAUAAAGAUAGGUGUUACUCCACUACGACACAUGUAUAGACUAAGCGAUACCAAGCGACAUAAAACUUUGUGAUUUUCUGGAGCAUAGCCGUAAACUAUGCCAGUUCCGCACAAUGUAUGAGAUUAUAAAUAAUUAGUUGUUAUUUAACUAAACAAGUUAACGAUGCCAACAGAGUCUCUACUAUACAUUUGUAUUACUAUAUAAAAGUACACUGACAUCACUUGGGUGUUGUCUACGUAGGUACUAUCAACUAUAAAGUGCAAACAUUUUUGCGUGACCUUAACCUUUAAUUCCUAUUCAAUAAAAGGUCGAGUUUACAUAUGCAUAUAGUGUUUGCUUUAUAAUGGCCGCCAUAGAGCGCCUGCAACAAUUAUUUUUGGAAGUUCUUGAGAAACUGCGGAGGGUUGGCGAUGUGUUGUCAGGGUACAAUGAUUAGCAGUGCGUUCUACUGAAAGAUGUUUGGCUGAAGUAAAUCUUAAUAAAUAGUGCUAGAUAUAAUUCCCGGAAUGUUGCAAUCUAGGCCACAUAGAGCAAUUUAAGGACUAUAAUAUUUUCGCUCUUUUUUUUGUGACUGAUCUGG